UAAUCAUUUAAAAUUUCGAAGAUUCAAAUCUUCUGCAAAUCAAGCAAUCAAGAAUGAAUAUGCAGAACUUGAUCAUGAGAAGUAAAUAUCUCAUAAUGUAUUAAUACAGUUAUCAACGUAAAUAUCACAAUUUUAUUAUCGAUUUCAUGAUAUAUUUUUGAUUUGUUAGCUAUUUUUUUUCAGAAGUUAAUCCACCUUCAAAGAUAUCAAACUGGCAAUGAUCAGAACAAUAUUUAUCUCUCUAAAAGAGUGACUAUUCAGAAAUAAAUUCGAAUCCACGCCAACUAAAACUCUGCCAGCUAUUUCCGAUUUCAUUCAACUCUCUAAAAACUCUUCUGUGCCUCAAGAAGUAUAACUUGGAAUUUCUCUUAUUUUCUGGCGGGAAAAAAAACUUCUGGAAAAUAAAGAAGCAGAACUUUUUCGAGCAAGAGGGGAAGGAAAACUUGGAAUGCCACUUGAAGUCUGUCACGGGAGCUGGGUUUUCUGAUUGAACUCGAAGUGGGACAGUUUCUGGAUUGGGAAUGGCGAGCGCCGGGAGAUUUCGCCCUGAUCCGGCGAGGAUUUUUGGAGUUUUUAUUUUGUUUCUCGCUUUUUCGCCCGGGGGAGAUAGCUUCUUCAACCUCUAUGUGCAGCGACACGAGGUGUUUCGUCUUUUAGGCUUGAAUGCGGAGGUUCGCUAUGUGAACAACGGGACAGUCAACGAUUACGCUCUCAGCUUCGUGGUGAUGAUUCCAGACCCCAUAUGGGAUCUUUACUUCACCUGGCAGAGUCUGCGGCCCACACCGGUUCCUUAUUCCAUCAGUUUCACCCUGAGUAAUCCUGAAGCCAUGAGUGUUCCUCAACUCAACAUUUCCAGGAAAGGAAACAUUCCAACUAGCGAAGAAGUGUUCCGCGUUGUGCUUCAAUGUACUGGCAAAGUCAGUGCCGAAGUGGAAAUGAGUAUGAACAUGAAUUUCAGCAUGCCGCCACCUUUCCCCAAUUCUACUCACUUGGUGCUCAAGAGGAAAAAGAUCUGUUACAAAAAUAAUAGUACGACAAGUGAUACACUCAUGAUUGAUGCGAUGGUGGCAACAAGCAACUCCUUCUAUAUUGGAGUAGGAUGCGCAUGCGCUGUUGUCGUCAUCAUAGCGAUAGUAGCUGUCGUUUUCUAUUUGAAAACGAUGAAAGCUCGACGAACGGAUGUCAUCCAUUACGGUGGCAGUUCUCCCGCCCUUUCCGCAACCACACAGGGGCACACCUUCCUUAGACCCGACACGCCCAACAACAACAGCAGCGUCAACAGUUACACCAGCUUCAAACGGCUCACGCCCAUUACCACAACGACGACCUCUGUACAAGUGAACGAGCGUAAAUCCAUGGACAUUUCUCAACAAAUUGCAGAAAUCCGAAUCGACCGGAGGAAUAUUAUUCUCCAAGAAAGAUUACAAGAAGGUACCUUCGGGCAGAUUUACCACGCGAUUGUCCGAGAUGACGAUAUGCUGACCCCACAUGGAUUUUCUGCGAUGGUCAAAACUGUUACAGAUCAAGCCUCCACUAUCCAGGUGUCCUUACUGACGGCCGAAGGGAUGAUGAUGCUUGGUCUGAACAACAAGCACAUUUUGCCUCUGAUUGGCCUGUGCACUGACGAUCCCUACCAUCCCAUGCUAGUCUACCCCUACAUGAACCAGGGCAAUCUUAAGAAAUUCCUCCACAAAUGCUUGCUGGCUGAAGGACAUUGCCAUGCUUUGAUGCACAGGGACCUCGUAGCAAUGGCUUUGCAAAUCGUUCAAGCCAUCGCAUUUUUACAUGACAGACGAAUUAUUCACCGGGACAUUGCAACAAGAAACUGUGUGGUGGAUGACUGGCUGCAAGUAAGGCUGACAGAUAAUGCACUGGCUCGUGAUUUAUUCCCAGGGGACUACCACUGUCUCGGAGAUAAUGAGAACAGACCCAUCAAAUGGCUUGCUAUUGAAAGCUUGUUGAAAAAGGAAUUCUCCUAUGCUAGUGAUGUGUGGGCUUUUGGAGUGACCAUGUGGGAACUGAUAACUCUUGGACAACAACCCUACAUUGAAAUCGACCCAUUUGAAAUGCACUUAUAUUUGAGAGACGGUUAUAGGUUAGAUCAGCCUAAAAAUUGCCCAGACGAUCUGUUUGAAGUGAUGAGUUGUUGCUGGUCAACAAUGCCAGAGGACAGGCCCUCCGUGCUGUAUCUCAUGAAAUGCUUACAGAACUUUCACAAAGCACUGGGAAGUUUCAUUUGAAUCUCUCAUUGAAGUGUUUUUAAACAUUUCUAUGUGCUUUCACUGCCACUCGGCUCAAGCAAUUUAUUCUUCAAUGCUUUUCUCUGAACUCAUGCACUUUUUUCAACAUAUAUUUUAAGCAAGUACAAAUAGCUUGCAAAAAAAAAUUGUUUAAAAAAUCUUCAAAGCGAAAGUUUUCCCACAGAAAUGGGAGACUUAUUCACUGCAUCCUUACAUUUAUAUUUCUAAUUUAUAGCAAAAUUCAAAGAAAAUUUUCAUUUUUCUGCAUUAAUUAUUUUUAUAAUCGAAAUUUGUCCAAUUAUGGAAUAAUUUCCAUGGAAUAAUGCAUAAUACAACAGGAACAUUCAUGGAUUAGAAAAUUUCAAACCUUUAUCUGUAUUGAGGAAAAUAUUAAGCAGAAUUGGAGAAAUGAUUCAGUUAAACAUUCAAUUUCUCAACCAUUGUACAUAUUUAAGUUUAUAUUCUGGUGCAUUGAAGAAUGGGAUAAUUGCUUGCGCCCAAUGAAAUGCCUCGUGGCUGGGGUGCUAAAGGUGCAUGCUAACCAUUUUCAAAUCUAGUCUCAAUUUGUUAUUUGUGUGUGUGGCUCUGUUUUGAUAUAUUUGUAUAUUGUCUUCAAAUAGCCUUUAUCGUUUGCAUGUUCGAGGUGUGUUUCUAUUCAGCUUUCUGAAGAGAAAGAUACUUUUUUUUUAAAUGCAUGGAAUUUAGCUCGAUUCUAGUUUGGAAGAAUUACCACACAGUGAAAGGAUAGGAUUAAAUUAGGUUACAUAUUAUAGCUUCAAAAUGAAUGGCACUAGCUAAAAGUUAGUGUAAGAGACUGUAGCUUAAAUUUAUGAAUUUAAAAGAAAGGAAAUAUAUAGAAAACAAAUUAAACAGUUUUCUAAGAAUUAUUUGGAUCGUAUUAGAAUUGUUGAAAAAAAAAAAAAACUACUUAAAAUCGGAUAUUAAUCAGAUAUAAAUUACUAUUAUAUAAUAUUAAUUGGGAUUCCUCUUUUUUAAAUAUAUAAUUAAUAAAACAUUCUAUUUUAUAUAAUUUCAGAAAAGAUUGUUCGAAAUAUGCUUUUGUAAUUUAAUGAUAUCUUUGUGAAUUUCCAUAAUUAAAAGCUAAUAAAUUAUUAAAAAUGUUCUAAUUGGGAUCAAAACAGCUAAACAAAAUGUAAAAUGACUUGCUGAAUAACAAUUUUACAAAAAUGUCUUGCAAUUAUUAUUAUCUAUUACUCAGGCAUGUGUUCAGCAUUAAUGCAGCUUUUGAAGUGACAUGUCCAUGCCAGAAAAAUAUAUGAAAUAACAAACAUCAAUAUGUAAUAACUUAAUCUUUUCCUUCAUCAAAGCUACCAGGAUUUUAGUUAAACCUAUUUCAUGUACAGCAGAACUGUGAUAAAAUCACUGAAACUGCACUGCAAGAAGCGAGGGAAGUGUCCUAUCAUACGUACUUUUUUGUGCUUCAAGAGGUCACUUCCUUCCGAAAAGCAGGGGUAUAUUUGUGUCUACUUAUAUACAUUGUACAUAGCCUGAAUGUCAAAUAAUGAUUAUAAAAUAUUUAUGUAUAUUUAUUGAAAACAUUGCUUUUGUUUCAAAUGAGAUGUUGGUAUUAAAUACUUGUUGAUCAA